ACGGUUGUUGAGACCUUGCCAAAGCCUAGAUAAGUACAACUCGUAGUCCGUAGCUAUGUUGUCACUCGGUUGCCUGGUUCCCGUCUCUAACAUGGCCGCUUACUUACAUAUGAUGUCUAAAUACAUACAUACAUACCUACAUACCUACCUACAUGAUUGCUCUCUGUGUCUCCCGCAUGCUGUGAUGUUGUGCGAAAACAAUCGCUUUCACAAGCCAUCUGCCGUGCAGAUGCGUGGGGGCUGCUUACAGCCAAAGCCUAUAGUUGGCCACUGUGGGAAGCAUGAUAGCUUGGUCGCCCAUAUUCCAGGACAGAGACCUGUCCACCCAGAUAGACGUGGCCCGCUAGACCCGGAUUGGUUCCGGACGUGCAGCAUGCAUGAAUCCUGGCUCGGAGGCUAAGGAAGUAUGUAUGGUCUGCGUGGACGAGUGCGUGUGUGUAGAAGCGAGUUAACGGGCGGGCUAUGUCAC